UUUUCUUUUUUUUUUAAAUGCCAUCACUAGCAAUGGUGUUCAAGCUGAGCCCUGGAAGGGGAGGCUCACCACUAAUAGGCUGGCCAUCAGGGAUAAAUUCUUUGGGCAUUAAUACACUUAAUAGUUACCAGUCAGACAGGCUCCUGCCAGAAAUGAUGGACAUUUGGUUAUUUAAAUCUUAUAAUAGCAUUUCCUGAUCCCCUUAGUUGUAAGUCCUUCUCCUAAACCUUCCUCCAAUUACUUCCUAUUUUCUUACCUGUGUACAUGUUCUUCACCAUAAUUUCCUUGAGGGCAAUUGUUUUCAUUUUUGUCUUUGUAUUCCCUGUGCCUAGCAUAGUGCCUUGCCCACAAUAGGUAUCUAAGAAAUACUUGUUGAAAUGGAUUUAAUUUAAUUGGAGGGAAGAUAGUGUCUAUAUGGAGUGAAAUAUGCUGGAGAUUGUUGGGAAACUGGUACUUUAGCUCUGAAGGGAUGUCAGAGAAGAAAAGACACCUCUUUCCCUCUAGCUUUCCACCGGUUCUUAGGGAGGCAGUUCUAUCAGUUUCCACUGUGGGGGAUACAGCUGGGAGGGAUGGAAGGGGAGAAGCUAGUGCUGAGUAGAAAAACAGAAGCUGGGCUGCUGAAGAUGAAUACUGCUCAACAGAGAGAAAUAUAAGUGUGAGAAAGGAGGAAGAGAAAUAAUAUUCCAUUAACUCAGAUUAUAUUUGCUAUUACAGCCAAGAAUAAUUUGGUGUUCAUAAUGAUCCAGUACUCAUAGGGAAGACUUUCUAGUUUAGAAGAACCCUUAAAACUGGGAAGAGUGUCUGAAAUCUAGUCAUGAUGCCUUUUCACAGACACAAACUUUCAAUUCACGGUAGCCAGUCUCAAAGUCUCAUAUUCUGAUUGCUGGACUCCUCUGAAACUAUACACCCUUAGCCUCCCCAUGUCCUAACUUUCCCUGGAGUUCCAUUUGGAAAGAAGAGGCAAGAAAGGAGACAAGGGCACAUGUCUUCUAAAUUAGAUAUUCUAACUUGCUGGAUAAGUACGAGUAGCUAAGGGCAUGAUGGGGGAGAAAGGAAGAGGGUCGGAGGAAAUGUCGAAAACGUGCUUGACAUUCUCUCCCAGUACAACAUAGGUGGCUCUGGAGUCCCCCCGUUUGUAACAAGUUUUAUAAUUCGGAUCCUGACAUCACAAGGGGAGCAACUCCAAUGCCUCUAGGUAGGACGUGUGGUCUGGGAUCAAUAGAAAACUGGGAGCAAAUAGGCCGAACAAGCUCCCCAGACUCUACUUUUUUUGUCCUCAUCAAAAACAACUAUAAAAACUCGUGUUAGCUCUUUCAGCGGGCUCUCAGAACAGCAGUGGCUGACGGAGUCCGAGAGCAGCCCGCAACCGUCCCCCGGCUCACAGUGUCCUCCUCUCCCAUCCAACCCCUCCCUCUUCCAACAGCUUGCAGCCGGGCCUCCUCCUUUCCCCUACCACCGCCUGGGAGCCGCCCCCAGCCUCACAGCCCUCGGUCAGACAGGAAUGACCGCUUCCAAUCUGCUGGGGGGAUGAUGGAGGGGGAAAGAUCUGGGCGACAGAAGCUGAGGACUAUCGAACGAAAUUGAAUUGAGGAGGAGUGGAAAAAAAGUUUCUUUUUAACCGGGUUGCGCUGAAUCUCCAUUCCAAAAGUUUGGCUUCCAUAUCUGUGGAAAUCAGCGAGGGUUUUGUCCCAGCACCGAGGGAGAAGCGCAAUCCGCGGAAAACUUUUUCUUCUUUCCAUCACCAGCUAGGAGGAGACUCUGAACUCUCUCGUGAGCGCCUCCCACCCGGGACUCCCUGGCAAACAUCAGACUUCCAGAGUCUCUCAGAUAUCAGUCUAGGGGACAGCUUUAGGGCCCCAACCGCCACAAAUCAGCCUUCUGUCUUCAACAUUGCUCCGGACUUAGGUCACGUUUCCUCAGGGAGAAGACACUUGGUGUUUCCAAAUGCCGCUCCCCCCUUUCCCUCCCCCCACCUCGAAACCAACUGAAAAGUAUGUAUGACGGGGAGGUUGAGACACACCAAAAAGACCCCGUUUCCUACGAUGAUACAGUAUAAAGAUCGUCCUUCGGUUGAGCUACGGCUCUGGGCCUUAUAACGGAGCUACACCGAAACGCACUCUUCUGGUUUCUCAUAUUCAGAGGUACAAAAGCGCUCUCAGCCUCUGGGGAGCGUGGUUUAGCUGGGGGCGGGUGGGGGGGCGGUUCGCUUCUUUUGUCUAUUUGACUUCUCUCCUUCCUUCAGCCUAGUCUGUCUCAAGCGCCUCGAAAUCGGGAAUACCCGAGUAGGGGAUCUCUUUACCACUUAACCCCACUUCUGGAUGUGGACAAACCCUUCCUGCCACCACCCGGAACAGAAGGAAGAGCUUUUGUUAGGACCGAACUCCUCUUGCCUACCACUGCACCAAAGGAGAGAAAGAGCAGGGGCACAGUACAUAAAACGAGAAACUAUUAAAAAUAGCUGUGGGCCGAAUAGGGAAGAGAGUGAAGAAAACAAACUUAUUUUCUUUUUUUAAAACUUCCCCUCUCCCCCUUUCCUGGGAAAGGAAUUCUUAUCCGUGACAGCUCAACACUGCCUUUGACAGGAGAGGGAAGAGAGAGAAAGAGGGGAAAAUAAGUAAGGGCCCACGAAAGCUUUACGGACUGGUGAUUUGGCUGGCUGUGGGAAAGGAUUAGAGAAAACUUACCCGAAAAACCCCACAACCCAAGCCCACCGGUGGCAGCUUCAUAUUUCCUCACACACCAGCCCUUACCCCCCUUGGCUAAUCACCCCUCAUUAAAAGCUUCAUCAGCGGCCUAAUGAAAGCAAACCGUGUGGAAAUCGCCGGUAAACAGUUGGGUCUGGACUGUAAUUAAUUCAGUGUCUCUUUUAAUCAAGCUGAAAGGGGAUCAGGCUUCUUCUUGCGAAACCGUGACAUCACCCCCAAAAUCACCCGGAACCAAUCAGCGCCACCGCUCCUGGGACACGUGGGCGCGUCCCCCCUUUAAAAAAAAACACACAAAAAAACAACAAAUCGAAAAAAAAUUACACCCAAAAAAAACCGAACGCCAAAGAAAAAAGUGACUCAAGUUCAUUUUUUAAAAGAAGGGGGGGGAGGCGCACUAGCACCGAGAAUCUGGGAGAGCAGUCGAGAGGCCCGGAUUUGCCAGAACUUCUUUCUAAGGUGCUGAAACGUUCACCGGAGGCUACGGAAGUCGAGGAAGUAGGAGCUGGUGGGCCAGGUGGAGCGGAUAGCGUCCUGGACUCUGUUGCUGUCCAAGGUUCUGAUGCCGUCAGGUGCGCUCCGCUUCACCGGCUGGCAGCCUGGGCGCCUGGGACACAGUGCUGUCCGUGGUGCUGACUAUCAGCUCUCAGUGAACUGCGCAUCCGGAAGAAGGCUUUGAUUAUACUACUUUUUAUUAUUCUUUCUUUCUUUUUACAAACCUUUAUUUUAUUUAGAUUUCAUUUACUUUUCUUUUUUUGUCAAAGGGAAACGUAGGCCGGAAACUUUCCCUUCCGUCCCUCCAAACUUGACGCUUUCUCCCUCCCUAUCCCUAGUUCUCCCUCCCCGACACUCCCACCACCCCCCCUCAGGCACCGCAGCUCUUCGAGAUGCUGCAGAAGCGCUGAGCCCUUGUGGAUCUAAUGCGCAAAGGCGUUUGGCCCAGAGCUCCCCGGCUCCCCCAAGGCUGAACUUGGUCCAAGGUGCCCGCCAGCUCCCUGCCCGCCUGCCCCAUGCCAGCCCUCAGCUAGGGGCAGGGGCGGUGGCUGCUGGGGUUGGUGGGUGGGUGGGGAAGUUCUGGGGAGGAAAGGAAGCGGCUUGGCUAUGGAAGGCUCCAAUGGAUUUGGGAUCGACUCCAUCCUCUCUCACAGAGCAGGCAGCCCCGCCCUUCCCAAGGGGGACCCCCUGAUCGGGGACUGCCGCUCACCCCUGGAGCUGAGCCCCCGAUCCGAAGGCAGCAGCGGAUGCUCAUCUCCUGCCUCGCCAAGAAGGGACUGUCUGGAGACAGGAGCACCACGGCCGGGCGGAGGGUCUGGCCAGGGUUUAGAUUCCCACCUGCAGCCCGGGCAGCUGUCAGCUCCGUCCCAAUCCCGCUCGGUGACCUCCUCCUUCUUGAUCAGGGACAUACUUGCCGACUGCAAACCAUUGGCCGCCUGCGCACCCUACUCCAGCAACGGGCAGCCAGCAGCCCAGGAGCCUGGGGGCCGCCUCUCGGCCAAGCCUGGAGAGGACUUUAGAGAUAAACUGGACAAAGGCGGUAGCAACUCUUCUUCAGACUCGGAGUAUAAAGUGAAAGAAGAAGGCGACCGAGAAAUUUCCAGCUCCCGGGACAGCCCCCCGGUGCGCCUGAAGAAGCCACGUAAAGCUCGCACUGCCUUUACGGACCAUCAGUUGGCGCAGCUGGAGCGCAGCUUCGAGCGGCAGAAAUACUUGAGCGUGCAGGAUCGCAUGGAGCUGGCCGCGUCGCUCAACCUCACUGACACGCAGGUCAAGACCUGGUACCAGAAUCGCAGAACCAAAUGGAAGCGGCAGACGGCUGUGGGUUUGGAGCUGCUGGCAGAAGCAGGCAAUUAUUCAGCACUGCAACGGAUGUUCCCGUCGCCUUAUUUCUAUCCGCAGAGUCUGGUUUCCAAUCUGGACCCUGGCGCAGCCCUCUAUUUGUACCGGGGCCCCAGCGCUCCUCCACCCGCUCUGCAGAGACCUCUGGUGCCCCGCAUCCUUAUCCACGGACUCCAGGGAGCCAGCGAGCCGCCCCCGCCUCUGCCCCCACUCGCGGGCGUUCUCCCGCGAGCGGCACAGCCCCGGUGAGCCUCAGUCCCCAGCCUUAGCCACCCCGGGCGCUAGUCCUCCCUCUCCGCGUGGGCUGCGCAGCUCCAACCCUCACCCCAGUUCAUUGAUACGGAGAGUGAGGAGGCAAGGGAGAACAGAUUUCGCUGCGCGCCCGGAGGGGAGACAUCCUUCACCCAGAGCCCUGUCUUGGAGGUGUGUGUUGAAAAUCCUCCCUGCCAAGAGCAUAAACUCUCCCAGUCCCCUCAUCGCUCCAGAACAGCUCCCCACAAAGGGCCAAGGGUCAAUACUCCAAGAGAUGGCCAGUGGCUGAUUCCCACUCCAUCCCCAACUCUCUCAGCCGCCCUGCUUCACUCAAACCAGCUGAAGAUUGGGGUCAGUGUGCCCUAGCCGGGUUGUAUCUGGCUCUGUGCAUACAUUUCUCCUGCCGCCCCCCCCCCCAUUCUACUCCCUCCCAAUGUGCUCCUAAAUCUCCCGGGAAUAUGACCCAUAAGGCGCCUCCUCCCCCUGCCUUUCCCCCAGCUUGGGUGGGUGGGUGGAUGAAGGAACCCUGAGCUGCUUGCUCUGACCCAUUCCCUUUGCUCCAGGCCUCCUGCUGUAUAUUUGCCCCUCCCUCCCCGCACCCCGCAGAGUGGGGAGGGCAGGGAGGAAAACGCGAACUGCUGCUUGUACAGUGAAGCCCCCCUUCCCUCUCUUCUCCCUUUCCCCCAUCGGGAGCUCCGGCCGGGCCCAGAGGAGAGGCUGACCGGGCCGGGCCGAGCUGUAUAUACCGCGUGUAAAGUGUAUAUGAAGUUAUUUAUUCGUGACCCAUGAGCCCGUGACCGUGUCCGUGAAUUUGUGAGUCUGUAGCCUGCGCCUCCCCGCUCCCGGGCGUGGCAGGAAGGGGCCAAGAAGACUUGCUUCUGCAGCCCCCAACCUCCAGCCCGGGCCCCUGGGCCAGCCAGGUCCGUUGGGCUCGCGCGCUCUCUCUUUUUUAAAUGUCGAAAUAAACUUCUUACAAAUGCA